AUGGCCGAGCGCUACAUCCCAGAGCAUCGUCGCACCCAGUUCAAGGCCAGGAAUCAGUUCCGGCCUGACGAGCUUCGUCGUCGUCGUGAGGAGCAGCAAGUUGAAAUUCGCAAGCAGAAAAGAGAAGAGAAUUUGGCCAAGAGAAGAGGUAUCCAAACCCGCGAUGGUGGGAUUGGUGUGGGAGGCGGCAUGGCCGCUGCCACCGAGAGUGAUGAUGAAGCGACUGCCAUAGAAAGCGAGCUUAAUGUGGAACUCCCAGAGAUGGUUAAGGGUGUCUUCUCAGAUCAGAUCGAGUCGCAAAUUCAAGCCACAACUAAGUUCAGGAAGCUGCUUUCCAAGGAGCGCAACCCUCCCAUCGAGCGCGUUAUUGAGACUGGUGUCGUGAGCCGUUUCGUGGAGUUCCUCCGGUCCCCUCAUACCCUGGUUCAAUUCGAAGCCGCCUGGGCCUUGACAAACAUUGCAUCUGGAUCUGCUCAGCAGACCCAGGUGGUUAUCGAAGCCGGUGCUGUGCCCAUUUUCGUCGAGCUGCUGAGCAGCCCGGAACCGGAUGUUCGGGAACAGGCCGUUUGGGCUCUGGGUAACAUUGCUGGUGACAGCCCUCAAUGCCGUGACUUCGUCCUCAAUGCCGGCGCCCUCCGUCCUCUCUUGAACUUGAUCAACGAUGGUCGGAAGUUGAGCAUGUUGCGCAACGCUACAUGGACUUUGAGUAACUUCUGCCGUGGCAAGACCCCCCAGCCCGAUUGGAACACGAUCGCUCCUGCUCUUCCUGUCCUCGCCAAGCUUAUCUACAUGCUUGAUGAUGAAGUCCUCAUUGAUGCUUGCUGGGCCAUUUCUUAUCUCUCCGACGGCGCAAACGAUAAGAUCCAGGCUGUUAUCGAGGCAGGCAUCCCUCGUCGCCUUGUGGAGCUUCUUAUGCACGCCUCGACCUCCGUUCAGACUCCUGCUCUUCGGUCGGUUGGAAACAUUGUGACCGGUGACGACGUCCAGACCCAGGUUAUCAUCAACUGCGGUGCUCUGCCCGCUCUCCUCUCUCUCCUCAGUUCUACCAAGGAUGGUAUCCGUAAGGAGGCUUGCUGGACUAUUUCAAACGUCACUGCUGGCAACUCUAGCCAGAUCCAGGCUGUCGUCGACGCUGGCAUCAUUCCCCCGCUGAUCAACUUGCUCGCCAACGGUGACUUCAAGACCCGCAAGGAAGCUUGCUGGGCUAUCUCCAACGCCACUUCUGGUGGUCUGCAGAAGCCUGAGCAGAUCCGCUACCUCGUCUCUCAGGGAUGCAUCAAGCCGCUCUGCGACCUGCUUGCUUGCCCCGACAACAAGAUCAUCCAGGUUGCUUUGGAUGGCCUUGAGAACAUCCUCAAGGUUGGUGAGAUGGACAAGGAGGCUGCACAGACUGGCGAGGCGCGCGUCAACCGCUAUGCUCUGUUCAUUGAAGAGGCCGGCGGUAUGGAGAAGAUCCACGACUGCCAGAACAACGCCAACGAGGAGAUCUAUAUGAAGGCCUACAACAUCAUCGAGAAGUACUUCUCCGAUGAAGAAGAGGCUGGUGGUGAUAUCGAUGAGAUUGCUCCUCAACAGACCCAAACAGGAUUCACCCUAGGCACUGCCCAACAGCAGCCGGGUGGAUUCAACUUCGCCAACGGUGGCGACUCCAUGGACAUGUAA